GCAGCAGAAAGGAUUGUGGGUAACAGUCUCAUAUAGUCCUGGGCGUUGGAGGGAAACAAGAUGGCAGCCGCCAGAAAGCUGGACAGUGUGCAUGAGAACUUCUUGACCUGUUCAAUAUGUACGACAGGAUACAAAGAUCCCUGUACUCUGACCUGUAGCCACACCUUCUGUAAGGGCUGCCUGGGGGCAUUCCUGAAGACCAGACAAGACGCCAUCAGAGCCAAGUCCAUCCCGUGUCCCUACUGUCGUCAGAUGACCCGAGUUCCCAGGCCUGACAGACCAGUGGAGGAGUGGGUGAAACAGAUCAAGCCCAGUUUCCUCAUACAGGGACUUCUGGACACUCUAACCUGUGGGGAAAAUACUGAUCAUGGUAAUGACAACGAUUGCUUCUCCUGCGAGAAACUUGGGGUUAAAAGUGAGGCCAGGUCCCACUGCCAGGACUGUUCUGUCCCGCUCUGUGACAGAUGUGUCAAGAUGCACUUGGCCAAUCCUGCGACAUCAGAACAUGACCUAGGUGACAUUGGAGAUGGAUCAAAGGUCAGCAGACGACGAAGACAAAUGUGCACGGAGCACAAUGAGGUUGUGGGCUUCUGUUGUAAGGAUUGCAAUAAAGCAAUAUGCCAAAAAUGUUGUAUCAUAUCUCACAGAACAUGCAUCUCCGUGGUCACAAUUCAGUCCCUCAUGUCUGAGAUGAAACAUGCUCUGACACAAAAUGAGAGCUUGUUCAGACGUCAGUUUGAAGACACAAACAAAUCACUUCUACAAAACACAUCUCAGAUUGAUGCACUUGACCACAACAACGUCUUAGUUGAAUCAAAGAUCAGACAGGCCUCACAAAGGGCAAUAGACGUGAUCAAACAGAAGGAAAAACAACUGCUGGCCGAACUGAAUGACAUGACAGAUAAGCACUCUGGAAAACUGAGAAGACGGAUGAGGUCCAAAGAAAUAGACAUGCAGAUGUAUCAACAAUACAUAGAAUACAUUUCCCAGGUGUUGAAGUCAGGGAGUGAGACUGACAUGUUUGAUAUUUACCAGAAUUGUCAGUCAGGGGCAAUGGCUGCUGCAGCAGUCAGGGCUGUCAAAUUUACAGAUGUUCCAGAGUCAAAAGUUGUAUUCAUUAGCAAAAUAGAUGUUGGGAACAUUAACAAGCAUGUCGGAUUAGGUAGACUGGAGUUUGGGAGAUUCGACAUCAUGGGUACCCCUCUGUUAAGUCACACAGUCAAUCCUAGGUUAAAGGAUGACAAAGCGAAGCCCGCCCCUCAUGAUGUCAUGGUCGUCGAUGUGGAUGUUGAAGAGAUACUGGUCAUAGCAGACUAAAAUAAUAAAUGCCUGAAAUCCUUUUUCACAAAAAAACAGCCAAUCACAACAAAGAAAAUUAAAACUUGCAAGUUUCCCACACUCUUUGUCAAGACUAGGAAAAAACCUGCUGGCUUUAGCAUUCUGGCCAAGCAAUGAAAUUCUAGUUGUACAGGUGACCCCUGACCGUAUACUGCAGUACAGAUGCCUUGCAGCCUUGAGUAAAUCAAUAUUAGCAGCAGGUUGUGUAUAUCCUGCCUGUGUCGACAUCCUGGAUAUAUCUGGGGAAGUGCUGAGGUCAAUCAGUACACUCAACGCAGUAGAGAACCUGGUAUGUGACCCGAGGUUCCUUCUGGUGUCAAAUGAUGACUCAAACUUUCUCUACUGUAUGACACCAGAGGGGAAGGCUGUGUUCACCUACAUACCCACAGGAGAAGCUGCAAUGAGAGGGCCACGAGGUAUCACAACUACCAGAACAGGACACAUUCUGGUGGCGGACAAAUGGACAAACAAGGUAACACUACUGACAGCAGCAGGGGAGUUAGUCCGAGACCUUCUGAUAUCUGAGGAUGGAAUCGAGCAGCCGUAUGGUUUGUCUGUCCACGGAGAUGAACUGUUUGUGACACAGCGCAAUACAACUGUUAAGGUAUUUCAUUGCUCGAGGUCUGUGUAAUCACUAUUAUGUCAAGAAUAUUCCAUCUACCAUUUGUCAAGCAGUGAGUCAGUUUUAUUUUAGUGCAUCAGAGUUGUUGAUUUUUUUAGUGUGGCUUUGUACUGAAAAUCAUGCAACUAUAUUUUUGACAUUCUGAUAAAAACAACCUAAUUUGGUUUGACAGGAUGGUCGGAUGCAGUUGCAAUUCAAGAAACAUCAUUUUAAGCUUACUUUGCUGAUUAGAAGCUGCUCUGCUUUUAUCUUACUUGGUUGUCACUUAAUACAGCUGGAAAGCACUUGUAUGAACUUUUGCAAUUAUUCCCCUGAAGGUUUGUUUUCUUUUGUCUGCUCUCAAUGUUUUGUCCACUGUUUUAGGAAACAUAACGUUAAACUUUAUGUCUUUACUGUCUACAUGUACCUGUACUGUAGGUUUGUUUUCUUUUGUCUGCUCUCAAUGUUUUGUCCACUGUUUUAGGAAACAUAACGUUAAACUUUAUGUCUUUACUGUCUACAUGUACCUGUACUGUAGGUUUGUUUUCUUUUGUCUGCUCUCAAUGUUUUGUCCACUGUUUUAGGAAACAUAACGUUAAACUUUAUGUCUUUACUGUCUACAUGUACCUGUACUGUAGGUUUGUUUUCUUUUGUCUGCUCUCAAUGUUUUGUCCACUGUUUUAGGAAACAUAACAUUAAACUUUGUCUUUACUGUCUACAUGUACCUGUACUGUAGGUUUGUUUUCUUUUGUCUGCUCUCAAUGUUUUGUCCACUGUUUUAGGAAACAUAGCAUUAAACUUUAUGUCUUUACUGUCUACAUGUACCUGUACUGUAGGUUUGUUUUCUUUUGUCUGCUCUCAAUGUUUUGUCCACUGUUUUAGGAAACAUAGCAUUAAACUUUAUGUCUUUACUGUCUACAUGUACCUGUACUGUAGGUUUGUUUUCUUUUGUCUGCUCUCAAUGUUUUGUCCACUGUUUUAGGAAACAUAACAUUAAACUUUAUGUCUUUACUGUCUAAAUGUACCUGUACUGUAGGUUUGUUUUCUUUUGUCUGCUCUCAAUGUUUUGUCCACUGUUUUAGGAAACAUAGCAUUAAACUUUAUGUCUUUACUGUCUACAUGUACCUGUACUGUAGGUUUGUUUUCUUUUGUCUGCUCUCAAUGUUUUGUCCACUGUUUUAGGAAACAUAGCAUUAAACUUUAUGUCUUUACUGUCUACAUGUACCUGUACUGUAGGUUUGUUUUCUUUUGUCUGCUCUCAAUGUUUUGUCCACUGUUUUAGGAAACAUAGCAUUAAACUUUAUGUCUUUACUGUCUACAUGUACCUGUACUGUAGGUUUGUUUUCUUUUGUCUGCUCUCAAUGUUUUGUCCACUGUUUUAGGAAACAUAACAUUAAACUUUAUGUCUUUACUGUCUAAAUGUACCUGUACUGUAGGUUUGUUUUCUUUUGUCUGCUCUCAAUGUUUUGUCCACUGUUUUAGGAAACAUAGCAUUAAACUUUAUGUCUUUACUGUCUACAUGUACCUGUACUGUAGGUUUGUUUUCUUUUGUCUGCUCUCAAUGUUUUGUCCACUGUUUUAGGAAACAUAGCAUUAAACUUUAUGUCUUUACUGUCUACAUGUACCUGUACUGUAGGUUUGUUUUCUUUUGUCUGCUCUCAAUGUUUUGUCCACUGUUUUAGGAAACAUAACAUUAAACUUUAUGUCUUUACUGUCUAAAUGUACCUGUACUGUAGGUUUGUUUUCUUUUAUCUGCUCUGAAUCUUUUAUCCACUGUUUUAGGAAACAUAACAUUAAACUUGAUGUUUUUACUGUCUACAUGUACCUGUACUGUAGGUUUGUUUUCUUUUGUCUGCUCUCAAUGUUUUGUCCACUGUUCUAGGAAACAUAACAUUAAACGUUAUGUCUUUACUGUCUACAUGUACCUGUACUGUAGGUUUGUUUUCUUUUGUCUGCUCUCAAUGUUUUGUCCACUGUUUUAGGAAACAUACAUUAAACUUUAUGUCUUUAUUGUCUACAUGUACCUGUACUGUAGGUUUGUUUUCUUUUGUCUGCUCUCAAUGUUUUGUCCACUGUUUUAGGAAACAUAGCAUUAAACUUUAUGUCUUUACUGUCUACAUGUACCUGUACUGUAGGUUUGUUUUCUUUUGUCUGCUCUCAAUGUUUUGUCCACUGUUUUAGGAAACAUACAUUAAACUUUAUGUCUUUAUUGUCUACAUGUACCUGUACUGUAGGUUUGUUUUCUUUUGUCUGCUCUCAAUGUUUUGUCCACUGUUUUAGGAAACAUAACGUUAAACUUUAUGUCUUUACUGUCUACAUGUACCUGUACUGUAGGUUUGUUUUCUUUUGUCUGCUCUCAAUGUUUUGUCCACUGUUUUAGGAAACAUAACAUUAAACUUUGUCUUUACUGUCUACAUGUACCUGUACUGUAGGUUUGUUUUCUUUUGUCUGCUCUCAAUGUUUUGUCCACUGUUUUAGGAAACAUACAUUAAACUUUAUGUCUUUACUGUCUACAUGUACCUGUACUGUAGGUUUGUUUUCUUUUGUCUGCUCUCAAUGUUUUGUCCACUGUUUUAGGAAACAUACAUUAAACUUUAUGUCUUUAUUGUCUACAUGUACCUGUACUGUAGGUUUGUUUUCUUUUGUCUGCUCUCAAUGUUUUGUCCACUGUUUUAGGAAACAUACAUUAAACUUUAUGUCUUUACUGUCUACAUGUACCUGUACUGUAGGUUUGUUUUCUUUUGUCUGCUCUCAAUGUUUUGUCCACUGUUUGAGGAAACAUACAUUAAACUUUAUGUCUUUAUUGUCUACAUGUACCUGUACUGUAGGUUUGUUUUCUUUUGUCUGCUCUCAAUGUUUUGUCCACUGUUUUAGGAAACAUACAUUAAACUUUAUGUCUUUACUGUCUACAUGUACCUGUACUGUAGGUUUGUUUUCUUUUGUCUGCUCUCAAUGUUUUGUCCACUGUUAUAGGAAACAUACAUUAAACUUUAUGUCAUUAUUGUCUACAUGUACCUGUACUGUAGGUUUGUUUUCUUUUGUUUGCUCUCAAUGUUAUGUCCACUGUUUUAGGAAACAAAACAUUAAACUUUAUGUCUUUAUUGUCUACAUGUUACUGUACUGUAGGUUUGUUUUCUUUUGUCUGCUCUCAAUGUUAUGUCCACUGUUUUAGGAAACAUAACAUUAAACUUUAUGUCUUUAUUGUCUACAUGUACCUGUACUGUAGGUUUGUUUUCUUUUGUCUGCUCUCAAUGUUUUGUCCACUGUUUUAGGAAACAUACAUUAAACUUUAUGUCAUUAUUGUCUACAUGUACCUGUACUGCAGGUUUGUUUUCUUUUGUUUGCUCUCAAUGUUAUGUCCACUGUUUUAGGAAACAUAACAUUAAACUUUAUGUCUUUAUUGUGUACAUGUUACUGUACUGUAGGUUUGUUUUCUUUUGUCUGCUCUCAAUGUUAUGUCCACUGUUUUAGGAAACAUAACAUUAAACUUUAUGUCUUUAUUGUCUACAUGUACCUGUACUGUAGGUUUGUUUUCUUUUGUCUGCUCUCAAUGUUUUGUCCACUGUUUUAGGAAACAUACAUUAAACUUUAUGUCUUUACUGUCUACAUGUACCUGUACUGUAGGUUUGUUUUCUUUUGUCUGCUCUCAAUGUUUUGUCCACUGUUUUAGGAAACAUACAUUAAACUUUAUGUCUUUAUUGUCUACAUGUACCUGUACUGUAGGUUUGUUUUCUUUUGUCUGCUCUCAAUGUUUUGUCCACUGUUUUAGGAAACAUACAUUAAACUUUAUGUCUUUACUGUCUACAUGUACCUGUACUGUAGGUUUGUUUUCUUUUGUCUGCUCUCAAUGUUUUGUCCACUGUUUUAGGAAACAUACAUUAAACAGUAUGUCUUUAUUGUCUACAUGUUACUGUACUGUAGGUUUGUUUUCUUUUGUCUGCUCUCAAUGUUUUGUCCACUGUUUUAGGAAACAUACAUUAAACUUUAUGUCUUUACUGUCUACAUGUACCUGUACUGUAGGUUUGUUUUCUUUUGUCUGCUCUCAAUGUUUUGUCCACUGUUUUAGGAAACAUAGCAUUAAACUUUAUGUCUUUAUUGUCUACAUGUUACUGUACUGAAGGCUGUUUUCUGUAAGUGGCUUCACUUUUCGAAAACGGUCAAACAUGUAAUUGGUCCUUUGUUAUAUGGACGUCGCUUAGCGCUACGACUAUUGUAAACCUAUGUUAAAGUAUGAGAGUUACGAUCAUCUUAGCGCUAAGAUCGCUUUGUGCAAGUGGGUCCAGGUCUGUUGUGGGUCUAAUUGUCUGUCUAGCAGCAGUUGACACUGGUAGGUGUUGUUGGCGCAAGUGAGAACGUAUCGAGUAGUACAGAUGAUGGGGGUUCUGCAUCUGGCUCCAGUGGAAAUCUGCGGUGGGUUCUAAUUGUCUGUCUAGUAGCAGUUGACUCUGGUUAGUGUUGUUGGCGCAAGUGAGACUGGAUCGUAACCAUGUCUUUGCGUUAAAAGGUUCCACGUUUACGUCCGCUUCUUUGGGGACACCUCAACUGUUUGUCUGUGCAUUAUCUGCAGUAGAACAGUAGAUCGUAGUGUGAACGUGUAAAUCUCUUGCCUUUCUUGCCGUGUUUUCCAGCUUCAAUCAUGAUCAAUACUAAAUGACGAUUGUUUUUGCCUAAUCUGGACUUUGGCUUUUCGGUGUCACUCAAAGAAUAAUUGUUUUACAGUUGUUGCAACGUUUCACUUUCGUGGGUUGCUUCAAUCAACAAACCAUGUUUCAUGUUAAAAACGUGCAUGUUGCUCUUAGCACAUCUGGCCAUUUUGUCUCAUGGAUAUGUACAGUCUUUGUUCAGUGUUCGAUUCUUAAUACAAUGCAUGAAACUUUUUGUGUGAAAGAUUGGCAUGCUUUUACUCGUUGUUUCCAACAGUAUCUCGGUAUUUCAAGUGAUUUGUAUCUCCUUGAUUCAAUUAUUUUCUCGUUAUAUCCAUUAUUUUCUCGACAUUUGGAUUAUUUUCUCUUUGCAUGAAUAUUUUUCUCGUUACUUCAAUUAUUUUCUUGUAAUCUCGAUUAUUUUCUCAUUAUUAUUAUUAUUAUUAUCCGUAAUAAUUUCUUCAGGUCCGUAUUUUCUUGUUAUUUAAUUUCAAGUUUAUUUCAAACAUUUCAAUUUAUUUCACAUUAUAUCAAUUAUUGUACUCGAAAUUACGAGUUUUUUGCUCGUAAUUUCGAUUAUUUGCUCGUUAUUUCAAUAGGGUUGUUGAAAUUUCAAGCUUUUGAAAUAAACUUGAAAUACCAAGAAAAUAAGGAAUGGAAGAAAUUAUUACGAAUCCAACACGGAUAACGAGUAAGUCCGUAUAUUGAUCAUAUACUUGGAUCAUAUGUUGGAAAUUUUGUAGAUAUAUAUUCAUGAUAUGUUUAAAUGUCAAAUAAAUUCUCUUUUAAUGAUCUUUCCAAAAAUA